UAUAAUGUAUUAAAAUAAAAUUUGUUUGAUGUAAACAAAGCCAGGACUUUUGCACGUUCACACGAAGACGGAAAGACAAACACUAACCACCAGAAAGAAAGUCAUAAUAAUCCCAACCCAUCAUCACUCUUUCUCUUUCUUCUCCUUUUUUUUUUCCAUUUUAAUUCAGCUUCAGAGUUGAGACCUGGUACUACUCUAGCUUGUGACUAUUUUUCUUUGAAGAUCACUUUUUUUCUUUUAUUUCUUCACUCGGGGAAGGCUAGUUUAAUUCCUUUGUUCAGUCUCUAGUUGGUUUUUUCAAUUUCUUACGAGCUUGUCUCUUUCUAAUUUGUUUUGUUCUUCUUGUAUUUUUCUUUUUUUUUUUUUUUAUGCCUUUUUCUUACUUUCUGGAGUAAUGCUUAUUUACUUUGUUAUUGACUAUUUCUUAGACAAAUAAGUAAAGGGUAUUUUUUUCCAUAUUUUUUAACUGUAUAAGUGAUAGAUUUGAUCUAACCAGAAGGUUGAAUCGUUUACUGUUUAGAAAUUGGUUGACCUAAUCUGGGUUUUUUAUCUGUUGCAUUUAUUGGAUAUUCCUGUUUCUAAUAAUAGUUUGUUUGAUAAGUUAAUCAUUAAUUAUUUCUUUUAUAAUUACUUCAAUUUCUUGACCUUUUUUUCCCUUUCUUCAAUUCAUCUGUUUGUUCAUUUCAUAAGCUACGUCAAGAUUUAAUUUUGAUAUUCAUUGAUAAGUUUGGAGAGAAUAAAACCAUCAACUCUAAACUGAAAAAAAAGAAAAGUUCAGUUUUUUUAAUAUGGUGAAUAAGAUUAGAUUUUGAAGUAGGAGUUGUUGAAGUCUAUAGUAGCGAUUAAGAGUGGAGGAGAAAAAUGGGUAAUACUUGUGUAGGACCAAGCAUUUCCAAAAAUGGAUUUUUUCAAUCGGUAUCUGCAGCAAUGUGGCGGUCCCGAUCACCAGAUGAUUCCAUUUCGCAGGCUAAUGGAGAAUCUGUCCAUGAGGCAAUAUCUAAAGAACCCGAAUCUCCUAUGCCUGUUCAAAGCAAACCACCAGAACAAGUAAUAAUGCCAAAACCAGAAAAACCGGAAAAUCCAGAGCAACCCUCCAAACCUAAGAAGGGCCCUCAAAUGAAAAGGGUGUCAAGUGCGGGGCUCAAGGUUGAUUCUGUAUUACAAACUAAAACUGGAAAUUUUAAGGAGUUCUAUACUUUGGGAAGGAAACUAGGACAAGGGCAGUUUGGGACUACAUUUCUUUGUGUAGAGAAAACUACAAGAAAAGAGUAUGCUUGCAAAUCAAUUGCAAAGAGAAAAUUGCUAACUGAUGAGGAUGUGGAGGAUGUUAGGAGGGAAAUUCAGAUUAUGCAUCAUUUGUCUGGUCAUCCAAAUGUCAUUUCUAUUAAAGGGGCAUAUGAGGAUGCAAUGGCAGUCCAUGUUGUUAUGGAGCUUUGUGCCGGCGGUGAGCUCUUUGAUAGGAUUGUUCAGCGUGGGCAUUAUUCAGAAAGGCAGGCAGCUGAGCUCACUAGGACAAUAGUUGGGGUUGUUGAGGCUUGCCAUUCUUUAGGCGUGAUGCAUCGGGAUCUUAAGCCUGAGAAUUUUCUUUUCGUCAAUCAACAGGAGGACUCACUUCUCAAAACAAUUGACUUUGGAUUAUCAAUAUUCUUCAAGCCUGGAGAAAAAUUUAUUGAUGUGGUUGGCAGUCCUUACUAUGUUGCUCCAGAAGUUCUGAAAAAGCGAUAUGGUCCAGAAGCAGAUGUUUGGAGUGCUGGAGUAAUCGUUUACAUUCUAUUAUGUGGAGUGCCCCCCUUUUGGGCAGAGACCGAGCAAGGGAUUUUCGACCAGGUCUUGCAUGGUGAUCUUGACUUUUCUUCAGAACCUUGGCCUAGUAUCUCAGAAGGUGCUAAGGAUUUGGUGAGGAGAAUGCUUGCGCGAGAUCCCAGAAGGCGGAUAACUGCACAUGAAGUUCUACGUCACCCUUGGGUACAGGAAGAUGGUGUAGCUCCUGACAAGCCUCUGGAUUCUGCUGUAUUAAGUCGCAUGAAGCAAUUUUCUGCUAUGAACAAGCUUAAGAAAAUGGCUCUUAGAGUAAUUGCAGAGAACCUAUCUGAAGAAGAAAUAGCUGGCCUAAAAGAGAUGUUCAAGAUGAUAGAUACAGACAAUGAUGGUACAAUCAGUUUUGAAGAACUUAAGGCUGGACUGAGAAGAGUUGGAGCCAAUCUCAAGGAAUCAGAAAUUUAUGAUCUAAUGCAAGCAGCUGAUGUAGACAACAGUGGCACGAUUGAUUAUGGAGAGUUUAUAGCUGCAACAUUGCAUCUCAACAAAAUUGAGAGAGAGGAUCAUCUAUUUGCAGCUUUUUCAUACUUUGAUAAGGAUGGAAGUGGUUAUAUUACUCCAGAUGAGCUUCAACAAGCUUGCGUGGAGUUUGGCAUAGAGGAUGUUCGCUUAGAAGAAAUGAUUAGAGAAGUUGAUCAAGACAAUGACGGACUCAUAGAUUACAACGAGUUUGUGGCUAUGAUGCAGAAAGGGAAUGUGGCAGGUCAUGGUAGGACGAGCCUAAAAAAUAGUUUCAGCAUUGGGUUCAGAGAGGCUCUCAAACUUUAGUUGCAUAAGCAACUGUGGUUUCCAUGUUAUCUUUUUCUUUGUGGAAGUAAGGUUGUAUAGUAGAUCAACUAAGAAAGCAGGCUUCCAGUUCACACUGAGAACUCAUCGGCUUUUCCGAUUUUGAGUGGGUUUUGCUACUUUUCGACCCUACUUGUUUCUUGACAGCAUAGAAUGUUUGUACUUUUACCUUAGAAAUGCAUCUAUUUUGUUCGUGUACAGAUUUUCUAUCCAUUUUGGUGCUAAUAUACCUCAAAAUUAG